UUUGAAAUUCCAAUAUCAUGUCAACAUUGGAGGAUAAAAUUUUGGGAGAAAAAUUACACUACUACUGCAGCAGUUCCGGUGAAGAUGAUGGAAAUGAUUCUGGAGAUUCCGAUAAAGAAUGUAAUGUCAAAUAUACUAAUACUGCACAAUAUAUUGCACCUUCAUAUUCGGAAUGGGAUGGAACUUCCAGUAACACAGGACCUAAAGGUGUUAUAAAGGUAUAA